UCCGGCGAACAAUCAACCAAACUUGAUCGGAAAAAAUGGUGGUCCGAGCAAAAAGUUGUCUACUUUUCUUGUUUUCGGUGGUGGUGAUUCUUUCCGCCACCGUAACCCUAGCUCUGAGCGAUAAAAAUGCCGACAUCGUCGUCUGCCAGCUUAAGUGCGAGAAGCUUCCCGGAGACCAGCAGUUAUCGUGCAAGCAGACGUGCGAAGAGUUCCAUGAAGCGAAGGUAAGAAAUCAACAGGAUCAGGAGAACCGUGGCAGGAGAUUGAGGUUGAAGAACUGGAGUGGAGAUUUUGAUGAGGGACAACGAUCGAACAAUCCUUACGUUUUUGAAGAUCGUCACUUCACGACGAGGCUCGAAUCGCAACUCGGGAAUGUCAGGGUUCUUCAGAAGUUCACCGAUCGAUCGGAGCUUUUCCGGGGAAUCGAGGAGUACCGAGUUGGGUUCCUCGAAGCCGAGCCUCAGACGUUCAUAAUACCGAACCAUUGGGAUGCUGAUGCUCUUUUGUUCGUCGUAAAUGGAGAAGGAACCAUCAGUUUGAUCAACCCUAAAUCAAGACAAACCUUCAAUAUAAAACGCGGCGAUAUUUUCCGAGUACCGGCCGGAAUAAGUGCUUAUCUGAUCAACAGACACAACAACCAGAAACUGGUCUUGGCCAAGAUCCUACGUUCGAUCUCCGUCCCCGGCGAAUUGCAGACGUUUUUCAGCGUCGGUGGCGAGAACCCAGAAUCAUCGUUUCUGAAUGCAUUCAGUACCGAAGUUCUUGAAGCUGCUUUUGAUACCAAUCGAGAUGAGAUCGAGAGACUGUUCUUCGGGCAACAAGUACAGAAAGGGGUAUUCAAGAAAGCUACGGCAGAGCAGAUCAAAUCGUUGGAAGAAAGUCGAAUAUGGCCUUUCGGAGAAGGAAAGGGUUCUUACAAUAUCUUCAGCAAAAGCGCAUCCGUUCAAAACGAGAAUGGACAACUCCAUGAGGUCGAUUCCGAUGACUUAUCUGAGCUUCGAGACAUCGAUGUUGCGGUUUCUUUCUUCAACAUAUCUCAGGGAUCAAUGGCGGGGCCGUUUUACAACACCAGAGCAACGAUGGUCUUGGUGGUGCCGAACGGUGAAGGCGAGUUUGAGAUGGCGUGUCCUCACUUAUCCGAGCAACACUCCCGUGGCGGCUUUGGUGGACGUCCAAGUUACGAGAAAGUGAGUUCACAGCUGAGACGGGGAACCGUGGUUGUAGUUCCGGCAGGUCAUCCCGUGGUGAUUGAAGCCACCGGCAACCAGAAUCUUGAAGUGAUAGGUUUCGGGUUAAAUUCCGACAGGAACGAGUGGUUCCCAAUUGCCGGAAAGGAUAACGUGAUGAGUCAAUGGGAGGAUGAGGCGGUGGAACUGACGUUCGGAGCUCCGGGGAGUACGGUGAAGAAGGUGAUACAGAAGCAAAAGCGGAGGAUGUUCUUCAAGGGUCCGGCUCGACGUGGUCGAGCUUUCGCGUAAGCAGGGUUACGCGAUCCGAGUGUUUUGUAAUCGAUGUUAAUUAUAUGCUAACCAUGUUUACAUAAAUAAAACUGGCUUUCUUUGCUUGGUUUAA